AAGAGAUAAGCAAACAAACCAAAGUCUAUGCAAUGCAAAUAUUUAGAUUUCCAAUACAACUCAAGACAUAAACAUUCAUCCAUCACAUUCGUCGGAGUGCAGACUCAAAAUGAACAUUUUCAUUCCAAUUAUAAUCAGCUUUUUGCUGAUUUUUAAGUCCCUUCAAGGCCUUCCCACAUCCGACACCAAUGAGGUGGACACCUCCAAUGACAGUUCUCACUAUGCCUUUCUGCUGAGCGAAGCCAAACAAUAUUCGGAACAAAUUGAGCAACUUAUUAGAAAGAGUUUGCCCCAAUUGCCUUCAGAUGAUACCUUCAAUUUGUAUCGCAACAAAUUCAAUAAAUAUUUGGAAUUGAAAAAAGAUUAUAAAGCAGCCACCGCCGAAGAUUGUGAAGAGAAAUCCCUGGAGUUUUUUGAUGCCCAAAACGCAUUCAUCAGUGUUUACAUGUAUGGUCACAGCAACUCGACCGGUCUGCAAGAUGUUGUGAAAAUUUUAAAUGACAAUGGAAUGAAACAGAUCAAGGAUGAGUUCGAUGCCAAGCGUGCCAGUGGGGUUUAUGGUAAACCUGAUCGUAAAGAUUUUGAAAAAUAUGUGGCAACACAUUGUUGAUCAGCGGAAAAUACUACAAAAAAUUGCGAUUUUUUGUGAAAAUAAUUCUGGAAAUAGAAGUCAAUAAAGAAAACAUACCUAACUCCAAAGU